CUUCUUGUUAUCUUAACAGACUUUCCAACCAUGACUGACAUCAGAGAAAAGCCGACCAUUUUGCUCAUUCCAGGUGCCUGGCACCUAGGCAGCACCUUUGAACCAGUCGCCAACAUACUUCGAGCACAAGGAUACCAAGCUGAGACAGUAACACUACCAUCUGCCGGUGGUCCUUCGACAACCACAGCCUAUGAUGACGCCGAUCAUAUCCGCAAAGCGUACUUGAAUGACCUGAUCGCCCAGGGCAAAGAGGUCAUUCUAGUUCUGCACUCGUACGCCGGAGUUCCCGGCACAGAGAGCGUGAAGGGUCUCGCCCGGAAAGACCUUGCCGCACAGGGCAAAAAGGGCGGCGUGGUCGGGUUAAUAUAUCAAGCUGCUUUCCUGGUUCCUGCGGGAGCAAGCGUCGAGUCGUUUCUACCCAGCGGAUUGGACCCAUUCAUGACGUUAGAGGACAACAAAAUGUAUCCUAAGAAUCCGAGGGAAAGCUUCUACAACGACAUGGAUGAUGAGACUGCCGCGAAGCAUCUCGCUGCAUUGGUUCACCAUGCGCCAGAGGCCAUGCGCACUCCCAUGACCUAUGAGGCCUACCGUGAUGUGCCGACUAGCUACAUUCUGUGUAAUCUGGAUGCUUCAUUUUCCCUUGCCGCGCAACAGAUGGUAGCUGGGAUCCCCGGGGAAGGUGUUGUGCGCACAUACCCCGUUGACGGGGGACAUUUUGCUAUGCUGAGCCAGCCGCAGGCCGUGGCUGAAGUGAUUCAGGAGAUUGCCGGGACUGUGACUUAUGUAUGAGUUAGUGAAUAUUGAAUGAUAGAAGAAACUGAGAAUCUCUG